GCAGCCAGCGGUGUUUGGAAGUAGUGCGCGGUGAUCCAGUUCCCGGAACGAUGUGGAAGUCAGUAGCAGUAAUACUGGUGGCGGUGGCGGCGCUUCUCCUGAUCGAGGCCAGCAAUGCAAAAGACGCAACAUCCGCCCUGGUAGCCACAGACUCCGCCAACCGACAGAGUAAAGCCGUUUCGACACACUGUCCACGAUCCUGUCCGGUAGCGACGACCCCGCAGGAAGCGGUCUGUGGCUCUGAUGGAUUGAUCUAUGCCAACAGUUGUGAGAUGAAGAAAAAAACCUGUACCAAAACUGCGCCCAACACCGUGACGGAGGACAAGAAGGGUUGCGAACGAUCUCAGGGAUCCCAGUGUGCUCACCGAUGUCCAACGGAGAAGGAUUUGGUGUGCGGAACGGACGGUCGAACGUAUCUGAACCGGUGCAUGCUGCGAGUACAAGCUUGCCGUGUCGGAACUGCCGCCGUGUCGUUGGCUCAUGUGGGACCCUGCGCCAAUGGAAGCGUCAUCCGAGAAUCUUGCCCCGUAGAUUGCAACAGUGCCCCUCAAGAUGGCCCGGUUUGCGCGUCCGAUGGAAAUGUGUACAACUCCACCUGCCAGAUGAAACUCAUGACCUGCGGACAGGGUGUGGUUAGAACCAGCCGGAAGCAUUGCCAAAGCACGCGAAACUGUCGCGAGUCUUGUUGGAGAGUGGCACGACCCACCUGCGGUUCAGAUGGCCGUCUGUACGCCAGUGCCUGCAAGAUGCGAUCGUCCAACUGCGGUAAGCACGUUUUCGAAGUUCCCAUCUCGUACUGUAUGUCCCAGGAACGAGCCGGGGGAAGCUCGAUGGCUGCCACCAACAAGAUCGAAGACUGUCCGACGGAGUGCUCCCGUGAGGCCCAGCAAAUGAUCUGCGGAAAUGACGGCAACGUGUACACCUCAAUUUGCGAACUGAAGAUGCUCAACUGUGGACAGCGCAAAAAGAUUCAAACUGUUUCGAUCGAUCGCUGCAAGCAGAAGCUGAGCCGUUGUAAGUCAAUUCCGGCCUGCAAACAUCACAGCAAAAACUCGGUAUCGAUGUUCGGUGACCAGAAGGAUCUGCUGUGCGGAACCGACUCGCGGACAUACCACAAUGAGUGCGAAUUGGCAAGGGCGACCUGUUUACGCGGUGUCCAGCUGGCCCACAUCGGUGCUUGCACUCAGCUGAAAUCCAAAACGGACAGUAACGUAUGCUCGGUGUGCACCUCCGAGGAGGAACAACUCGGUCCGAUUUGCGGCUCCGACGGCAACACCUACCGGUCAACGUGUGAACUGAAGCAGAAAACCUGCGGACUGCGAGUUGUGCCGGUGUCGCUGAAAAACUGUGCCACCACCGCUGCCUGCGAAGCUAGCUGCGAAUCGAUUCAGACGAACUACAUCUGCGGCUCGGACAACCGGCUCUAUCCGAACGAGUGCUUCAUGCGGCGGGAAAACUGUGGCAAGCACAUGUUCAUCGUACCGAUGAAACGCUGCCUGGCAGCAUUCACCUUCAAGGGCUGCUCCCGAAUCUGUCCGCAGGAAUUCGAACCGGUAUGCGGUACCGACGGUAAAACCUACUCCAACGAUUGCUUCCUCGGUAUCGAAAACUGCCGAUCGCGAUCCCAGGUGCAAAAGAAACACGUCGGACCAUGUGGACGGCCCGAGGAACCAUCGCACAACUAUCUGUACUGAACGGCAUUAUGAAAUCAAUGCCGCAUCAAAUCCGAAUGCCACACAAAUAAGUCAUUUUCCUAUGACUUCUCUUUUAUUUUCACCGGAAAACCCUAGCCCACUAGAAAACUUAUUGCCACAAGCUGCCCUUACCUUUUACUGUGUCUAUAGCUUCGAGGGCUGUUUAGAAGUUAGUAUCGUAAUUUAAAUAAUUGUUCUAAAGUAACCCGCCAAAAGGACCCCGCACGGGUGAACUGCGUAUUGCAGCAAUAAACUGCCACCAUUUUUCGAUAGCAAAGAACUGAGAAAAUAAGACUUUUUUGAUAAAUUUAACGAAUUUUUCGAUACAUUGUAUUUUCGUGGAAUUUACACUUUCAAAUUUAACACAUUUAGCUUCUUCCUCAACCAUAAUUUCAACUGCAACGCUGUCCUCUAACGCUUCUUUCUUUUAUUUUAUCUUAUUUUACUUUUUUUGUUUUUAAUUUUUAACAAAAUACAAAUCAGGCCAUUCAAUGAGCCACGCGGGGC